AUGGGGAGGCAAAAGGAUGUUCUUGCUACUAUUGAGGAGCACCUGAGGAUCAGAAACAAAUUAGUCCGGCAAGCACUGGCUGAGUGCCUGGGGACGCUGAUCCUGGUGCUGUUUGGCUGUGGCUCCGUUGCGCAGAUCGUGCUCAGCAGAGGGACUCACGGAGGCUUCUUGACUGUCAACCUGGCCUUUGGCUUUGCUGCGAUGCUUGGCAUUUUGAUCUCAGGACAGGUAUCAGGUGGACAUCUGAACCCAGCUGUCACUUUUGCCAUGUGCUUCUUGGCCCGGGAGCCCUGGCUCAAGCUACCAAUUUAUGCCCUGGCCCAAACCCUUGGGGCUUUCCUGGGAGCUGGCAUAGUCUUUGGGCUGUACUACGAUGCCAUCUGGGCUUUUGGCAGCAACCAGCUGUAUGUAACAGGACAGAAUGGCACUGCUGGUAUCUUUGCCACCUACCCAUCUCAGCAUCUGAACAUUGUGAAUGGAUUCUUUGACCAGUUCAUUGGCACUGCCUCCCUGAUUGUUUGCGUUUUGGCUAUUGUUGAUCCGUACAACAACCCUGUCCCCAUGGGGCUGGAGGCUUUCACAGUUGGCUUUGUUGUCCUUGUUAUUGGAACCUCCAUGGGCUUCAACUCUGGCUAUGCUGUCAACCCUGCCAGGGACUUUAGGCCUCGUCUCUUCACAGCCAUUGCUGGCUGGGGCACUGAAGUGUUCUGGACUGGUAAGCAGUGGUGGUGGGUUCCAGUUGUUGCUCCUUUCCUUGGGGCUAUUGUGGGAGUGAUGGUCUAUCAGCUGAUGAUUGGAUGUCAUGAUGAGCCUUCUCCACCUGCCUCUGAGCAGGAAACAGUCAAGCUGGCUAACAUGAAGCACAAGGAAAGAGUCUGAGGAAGCUGCCACCCAGAUCUGGCAGACAUUCAUUACUCAGGACUGCAGUUGGCAAAGAGGAGGAAGGAGUUAAGAGCAGCUUCAAGAACAACAGGAAGAGGGUGUUUUUUUUUUUCUGUCUUGAGAUUUUAGCCUCUUUUUGUGUAUAUCCCUGAUGCAUUUGCUUUAGGCAUUUUCCUGUGAGCCUUUCCCCAAAUGCAGUAUCAUGUAAUCUUUCUUAGUAGAAGGGAGUUGAGGACUGUAGGAGUCAGGAGAGAAGUGGGCAUUGCUGUCCAGUACCUCCAACAUGGGCCAGUUGUUAAGGAAUCUGGAGCUCUUCUGGGCUGUGUUGCUGGCCUUGCCUGUGACCUUGGCAAACUGCUUCCCUCCAAACAUGUGUCCCCAUCUGUAGAGUGGGGAUUGUGCAAAACUUAAAUUGUUUUGUUAGCAAGGAAUGAAAACUACACCCUGGGAAAAAUUUGCCUGUGCUUCUACAAUGGAUCAAAUUCAUGCUUGGUGUUGCUCUAAAGCCAAUGACUUGGCACCAGGAAUGAACUUGUCUAAAGGAUUUUUAUUGCCCAAACUCUCUAUAUCUCCCAUGAAUGCCCAGAACAUUAUGGAUCAACCGAUUGAUACAAUGUCAGAGCAGAGUGAGAAUGCACUGGAUUUUAAUUUAAUAUUAAAGACAAAAUGUUUAUAAAUCACUGCACCCUGGUGUUCUAAUCACAAUUUUUAAUAUUGCCAACUCCUAGAAGAUAACACACAGAAAUCCUUGUUCUAGCCAGGGGCUAACCUGGAAAGAAAGCUUGGCUCCCUGUAGCAGCCUUUCUAAUCAAUCAGCUUUGUAUAUAAACUGCAAACAGCUAAUAGCCAAGUUCCACUGGAAACAUGGUGUUGCUGAAGUUGUGUGUGUUCAUGUAAAUUUCACAAUAGUGUUUUUUAAAUAAUUUAUAUAUAAAUAUACUCCUUAAAGCUGUUACUAAAUACCAGAGUAUUUAUGUGCCUAGUCUGACAGCUUUGAGAUACUGUUGGAUUUUCCUGGGGUGGCCUUAGUUUAUGGCAUUGUGUUGUUGGAGCAUCUCCUUUUCUACCUUGCAGAAUUGCUGGGGUAUCCCUGGUACUCACAGCUGAGGGACUGAGGUCAGGCACCUCCUGUACUAGCAGUGCUGGCAUCUCAGGGGAUCUCUGGCUCUCCCAAUGCCAUAUCAUUACAGAGUAUUUGAAACAAGCAGUAUCAGUUGUGAAAGAAUUUGUAGGUCCAUGCCACUGCAUUAGAGAAACUCUUUCAAAGCCUGGUUCUUUAAUGUGUGAAUUCCUUGAAAUAUGUAACUUUGUAUGCAUUUCCAGUCACUAAAAUGAUGUGGUUUUUUUUGCUUUUUUAGAAAAUAAAAUGU